ACCGCAGCUUCCCCUCCCACGUCCAACCCGAAUAACUGCAGAUGCCCGCAUCCAAGCAAAGCUCUCUGUCUUCCCGUCCAUCUAUUUUUGGAUUACAUUGAUUGCCUCCUCUAUACUUUUCAGCGUUUGUGUCCAUUUAGGUUUUUAGAUAAAAUCUUAUUGCCUCACUUCUUUCUGAAGAAGGUCCGUCUGCGGAUUGAGCAACAGCCUCGGCCGACCAUAUUAUAUCGCUUCUUAAUGGAAGACAUCUUUUCUCUCGUUCCGAGGCGCAUUUUCGCUGCUAUAUUGGGCCCGUAUUGCCAUCGACGAAGGAGAGACCCUCAGUGAAUGAAAGAGGGGUGGUAAGACCACCAAGUAGAAAAGCGUGUCAGGCUCUGAUCUUUAGGUUAUCACCGGGAACGGAAGCCGUUUCACCGUUCCCGGUGGCGCGGUGGAUGCCGAUAGUGGGCAGAUCUUUUACAUUCUGAAAGCAGUGGCCACCCAGAAGGAAGAGAAUCAAUGGAUCUCAUCAAAAGAGGGGAUUAACUAGAAGGUUGAAACAGAAGAAAUACACUCUGGCCCUAUUAGAGCUCUUUUUCCUCCCCAAUCAAAGAGCUUUUAUCCUUUAGCCUAGUUGGUCUGUGGAACCCAAUCAGUCAUCAUGGGAACGGUUCUAUCACUCUCUCCGAGCUAUCGUAAAGCUGCUCUCUUUGAGGAUGGUGCAGCCACAGUGGGCCACUACACAGCUGUCCAAAACAGCAAGAAUGCUAAGGAGGCUGCAUCAGCUAAGUCCCUGAAACGGCCUUCUAUUAUUAGCGCAUUGCCAUGGAAACGGAUUGUGGCUGUAUCGGCAAAGAGGAAGGGUUCCAAGAAGCUCCAAACAGAAGUUGGGGAUGGGGGGAAAGGGAGCUCUCCAGAAGGCCAUGGAACCACCAACUCAGCAUCCAACAGCUUAAAGCUAAAGAAGUCUCAAUCCUGCGCUAACCUUACCACAUACUCAUCCAGUCAGGACCCCUCUGCUACCACCACCACCACUACCUCCUCCCACCUGCCCACCUCCAAGACCGUUGCAAACGUAGCCGCUGUAGUUGCCAAAAAGAAUUCCCUCACAGGAACUGGAAUCCAGCCUUCCACUGCUGCUGGUACGCCAAAACGGAUCAUUGUCCAGGCUUCCACCAGUGAGCUGAUGCGUAGCCUUGGGGAGUUCCUCUGCCGCCGCUGUUAUAGACUGAAGCGCUUGUCUCCGACAGAUCCCGUGCUGUGGCUGCGCAGCGUAGACCGCUCUCUGCUCCUGCAGGGCUGGCAGGAUCAGGGCUUCAUCACUCCAGCCAAUGUUGUCUUCCUCUACAUGCUGUGCCGGGACGUGGUCUCGUCCGAGGUAGCCUCAGAGCGUGAGCUUCAGGCCUCGCUGCUCACCUGCCUCUACCUUUCCUAUUCCUACAUGGGCAACGAGAUCUCUUAUCCCCUGAAGCCUUUCCUAGUUGAAGCUGAGAAGGAAGCCUUCUGGGAUCGCUGCCUGGAGAUUAUCAACCGGAUGAGUGGCAAGAUGCUUCAAAUCAACACCGACCCCCAUUUCUUCACCCAGGUGUUUGCAGAUCUGAAGAAUGAGAGCAAGAAAGAGGAAGAGAAAACUAAACUUCUCAUAGGCCUUGACCGAUAAGAAGGAUCCGGAAGGGGGCAGUUCUUUGACCCUGUUUUCACCACCUGGUUUUAAAGACCUUGGCUGCCAGGCCCCAGUAUCCUCCUCUCUCCCACCAAUCAGUGCUUUCAUCGGCAACAAAGACAGUGAUUCCUUCUCUACAUUCACCUGCCCUGUUCUGACCCAGUCCUGACCAAUCCAUAGACCACAAACACUUCGGUCAGGUGACCAGUGUGGCUCUAUGUACUGACCAAGCUGUUUGACAUGCAUGUGUGCUUUGUAGGUUCCCUAGCAUGCUGCUUUGUGUUGGACACGCCACACCUCAACAUGCAAAAGAAAGCAAGGAGUGGUCAAGCUGAAUGACUUGAAGGUACAUACGUUGAUAUGGCAUCAGGGGGCCAGAGAACGAGUCCUCUAUCAUGAUGGAAAAUGGUGGCUCAGUUUAGAAGUAAUUAUUUAUUGAAAUAACAGGUACUAGCCCUUCAUUUUAAACUUCAAUACCUAAAAGACCUCACGUUUGAAAAUUAAAUCUACAGAAUAAAUUUAGCAUAUAGGCCCUGGCUACACCUCUCUAGAUAUUUCCUUUAAAGCAGAUAUUUUUUUCUCUAGUUUGAAAAAAAAAAAAAGCGCUUUGCAGCCUGUAGUAUUCUCUAACAAGAUGCUGUAAUGCCUACUAUGGCCCCAGUGGGUGAAAAGGACAAUAAUAUUACAUCGGAAUUCAAAAGCAGAAGAUCUAAAAUUUACAUGAAUAUAUAUAAAGGUGACAUUUUCUUUGCUAAAUUAAAAAAAAAAAGUUUAGCGACAAAACAAUGAGAUAGCAAAGUUUUUUGGAGUAUGCAUUUACCCUUCUGCCACUAGUUGUUUUACAGAGGCCGAUUUUAUAUGCAGCGCCAUCUACUGUUAAAAGGGAGAACCGCGAUGUGUAGCGUGCAGCUAAAGUCUAGGGGAAAACUUAUCAACAAGACUCCCCUCUGGACAUUUAAGGAAAAAAGUUUUCAUUUUACUAUUUUUACUUAAGAACUUGCCAGUUAAACAUGGCUUUUAAGGUUAUAUGGGUCAUUUUUCAGCAAAAUUCUGUGAGUGUUAAGGUCUGACCUAGGUUAAGAAUUCAAAUAAUUGCUGAAUAAACGUAAAGUUGUAUAACUUAUUCAGCUUACAUUUGAAGUCUUACAAAGAGACAGAGGAUGAAAAAAGGACAGAAAUUAUUUCACUCUUGCGAUUUCUAGCACAGACGUGAUUGUGAGUAUGCAAAAAAGUCGGGCACUAUGUCAUAAUUUUUAAAAAUGAACAAACAUUCAGUCCAUGUCGAAAGACCAAAUUCUUUUUUGUUUAAAAAGGAAAGCUUUUCUUAGAAAACAUAUUUUUUAAUAAUCACCAAAAACUCAGGCUGUAUUUAAAGGGGAGGCAUUAGUUGAGAAUAAAAUAUGUGUUUGGCAAAAUAUCUGAUUUGUGUGGAUGGGCCUUUUGUUAAUAUACAUCUAAGUUGUCACAGGACUGUGGGCUAAUUUGUGUUGAAAGUAAAAGGGUAUUUUCCAUUACCCUUAAUGACUUUAAAAUAAUAGUAGUAAAAAUCUCCCACAGAGCCACACAAGACGAGAGAAAUGUUUUCACAUUAUCAUCAUAGAGGCUUAACCAUGAUAAUUUAAUGUAAUCAAGACUAACUGUAGCUAAUAAACUCUUUCCAAUUGUUAAAAAACAUCGGGCCUCUCAUAAAGGUCAGAGAUCUUGUGCCAUAUCAUUAUAAUGACUCAUUUUUAUAUAUAAAACAAUAAAAAAAAUGGAUCAUGAGCCAACUCAGUCUCUGAGUCCUGGACAAGAGACUAAAAAAACAACUUUUUUUUUUCAUACAUUCUGUAUCAGAGAUGGAGAACGGAAAGAAGGACUUUGAGGCUUGCAAAAUAUGGAAGCUUGUGUUUUUGUUACGCAAUGAACUUGUAUGACCUUUGUUAAACGUAUGCCAACUUAAUAAUUCAAUGUGUCUAUGGAUUUUAUUCAUUUUUGAAGAGGAAUUUGAGAAUUCUAAAUAAUAAACAAAAUCACAAUUAUUACAUCUGCGGAUGGUUUUGGGGGGGGGGGUUAAGACCUAUUUCCACAUCAGACCUCAUAGGUCCAAUAUGCAGAUAGGAUGAAGGGCGUCUCUAAAUUUCUGAUGGAUUAAUCAGAUUAGUAGCAUUUCUUUUUUUAGGCAUUUCCAAGAGAAGCUGAUCCAACUUUUUUUCUACAGGAUUGUGGAUAAAGGUUGUGCUCAAAGAUCAGAGAUGCUAAAUUCCAUGGAACCAACCAGUAAAAAUAGAAGUCAACGUAAAAACAAAUACCUUGUUUUACUAGAUUUCUGUGAUUUUGGUAUGUCCAACAUUUGAUAGAGUAAUAAAGAAUGUGCCAUUUUUUGAUGAGGUUAUUGGAAUAUAAUUAGCCUAAAACUUGUCUACCUUUUCGUUCUGCUGUGGUGAUUUUUGUAAAAGCUAUAUCUAAUUAAAAUUAGUUCACUUUUAGGCUAAUGUUUCAUUGUCUCUGGGGAUUUUUUUGUAGUCCUACUUUAAAGGCAACAAGGAAUACUGUGCUGAAACAUUUAGCCAUACCAAAUGGGUAAAAAAUCAACAAGGUUGUUCUUGGAUUUUAGAGUUGAUGACUCUCUGCACAUUAAUUGUCAUGUGAUAAAACAUCAGUUUGCAAUUUUCAACAGUUUUACAUUUAAUUACAUGUGACAGGAAUUUAUUGUAAAUUCAUGCUAGCAGGUUUGCUAAACCAUGAACCUCCCCAAAGCGAGCAACUUUUCUCUGUUAGCUUACACUCCCAAAGCUGUAGAGUUUAGCACUAACUCACAGAGUAAAUUCGAAAAAAGGAAAAUGCAAGAAGUACUGUCACCACUGAUCCAUCCCGGUAGCAUGAUCUGUACCAUCAACUCAUUUGCAAAUGCACAUCCAGAUAAAAAUCCGGGUCACCCUUGGUUUUUUUUAGUAAAAAAGACCUAAAUUAUGUUUUUCCCUCCCCGAAAAUAGUAAACAUUCUGUGCCCGAUCUGCACCGGAAAUGGGAUCCUAUGCUUCUUCCAGGAGCUAACUUUUUCAGCUUUGGAUUUAAACAUAAAUAUAGUCUUUUUGAGUUUAAGGUUUCCCUUUUCUGUUAAAAUUAUGGUAUAUAGUGAGCAAUAUAAAGAAAGAAACAACUAAAAUGCAGAUAAACGUAAAUAUGUAAAUGCAGAUAAAAAAAAGCAUAAAAAAUUGUAUCCGAAAAGUCAUAAAACAUUUUUUUAAAGAUGUGUGAGUUAAGGAUCGAAAUAAGUAAUUUUAGUACCAUAAUUAUUAUUUUUCGACACCCGGAAGUAUAUCUGGUUGCGGAUGCGGGGAUGGAUCGGGUAGUGACAAGCACACCACACUAACGCAUUGGGUAUUUGAAUUAAAUACCAAAAACUAGUAUGACUUUACCUGAGUCGGUCAGAAAAGCUAGUCAGCUGGGUGCCUACUUGAAUAAAUUUUCUUAGCUCAUGAAAUAUAUUUGAAAGCUUUUCAUUUUCAGGAACCAAAAGCUUGCAGAAAAUGUGCCAAAUUUCAGCUGCCGACCUGCGACAGAACAAUAAUUUGCAAUAAAUAUUUUAAAGCUAGAAGUUAUUAAGCUUAAAUUGUUGACAUUUUAACUCCUCACAGAGCCAGGAUGAGAAUAAAUGAGCACUCAGCGAUAUGGUACAUUCAGUUUGCAUUCAGACAUCAGGAAUAACAUAUUCUAUGUGGGGAAAAUCAAUAUAUAUUUUAUUAUUCAACAGGUACAAGAUGAAAACUAUUAUGUGAGCUUCUAAUAUGAUGAGGUUGGUACAGUAUCACUCCCUUUUCAUUUGUGACUCAUGUUGUGUAAAGAAGAAUCUUUGUUGAGAAAAAGUCAACGCUACUAGUGUUACUAGAGUGCUAAUGCUGCAAUAUGUUACUAUGUGGAUGUAUGAACAUGUAUGUGAGAAAUAAGAAUUAUUUGAUCAACUGUUACAGUGACUUUAUAUAAAAAUCUUUCCAAGCA